AUGGAUCGUUGUAUCAGUCAACUCGCUACGGAUGGAAACAAUCGAUCUCCUCAAAUCAUCGAUGAACUCGCGUCGGCGAGCCCAAAUGCUUCGAACCACUCCGUUUACUCAUCGCCGUCGAUCGAUAGCCAAUUGCCGACCAAUUCGGCAACCCAGAACAGCCUACCCGUUCGCAUAGCAAGUCAGCAUGCCACGACAUCUCCCGCGACUGAGACAAGCUUUCCCACAGGACAGAAAGACGGCGAAGGAUUGGUCUUGGAAGGCGGAUCCUCGCUAUCUGCCCACUCGACGCUGGCAAUCGACUUUCUGGAUAGAGUGGCUGGUGAAGAUCGACGCAAGGGACAUGGCUUUGAAACACAAGAGCUGUUGGAUUCGCUUCGCCAGAUUGUUCAUGUAACCAAGGCGCAGCCUCCACAUGCAGAAGGACUCUUUUCUUUUGCAAGGCCUUCUGCACCUCUGCAACCUGAGCCCGCCACUAUGCCGCCAAUCAAGGUUGCUGCAGCCGCGAUCCGUAGUGCUGAAGAUCGACGUCUAAUGACAUGGCUGUUCUUCAGUGUACUCCUGGGUUCAAAGUCUUUAUCGGAUUUAUGCCUAAAAGUAUACUUUUCGGAGGACUUUUCUGUCGCAGAGUACAUCAUUUUGAAUAUCGCCCUCUAUUGCUUCUUCCGCGACGAUGCUCUUGAGGAAGCUGAAGGAUCAGAUAAUCACAUGGAGGAAUACAAGCUCUCUUGUCAGCAGAACUUGGAGACUGCUCUUUCGAGGCUAUCCUUGCAUAUCAUUCCUAGCCACGAUAUGACCCUGGCUCUACUUUCCGGUGCCAUCUAUGCCAUUGAACUGCCAAAACCAUCCAUGGCUUGGAUCCUUGUCCUCGCGGCGUAUCAGAAUGCGUACUUUCUUGGUUACCACACCAGAAGGCCAGGGUCUUCUGCGUGGUGCGAUACUUCAAGUAACUCCGGCCUCCUCUUCUGGGCUAUCUAUUAUCUAGAAAAGACUUUAUGUCUUCGUUUGGGGCGCUGCUCUACAAUCCCCGACUUUGAGAUCACUGUUCCAUUCCCAGGCGGUAGCCCUCCUAUGGACUACUGCAGGAACAUGGUCAAGCUCGCGACCUUAGCUGGAAAGGUUUAUGAUAAGCUGUACAGUGCACAAGCACUCGUUUCACUGAACGAAGAUGGUGCCUUUCGAGUAAUGACCUUAUCUCAGGAACUUGAUGCAAUUCACGAGCAGUCGCAAAAUGCCAUUAGAGAAUGGCACCAAUCUUCCGUAGACGAGAAACAACGCGCAUUAAUCGAAUACAUGUCUGCAUCGGACGAAAUCCUAAGGAUCAUCCUUUUCACACCAUUCGCCCCGUUCAUUGUUCUGUUCUGCCAUGUCCUUGAGACUGGAAAUUGGGAAGAUUUGGACAGGAUGCAAAACUUUGUCAACUCAAUCAAACCCGCCCACCCCGUCUCCAGCAUCGUCCUGAAGCACCACCGCCUCUUCCAAUUAUUUUACGAAGUAGCUUUGCGCUACAAUGAGUUGAAAUCUACGUCGAAAGUACAACAGAAUGGCUACGAAGAGGUUAGCACGGAAUUUUCCAACUACCUCAACGCCCUGGGUUUUCAAGCUUCCGUGGAUACGAACGACAUGGCCAACGGCGCGGACGCAAUGAUCAACGACAAUUCCCAAAAGGUCUCGGCGGAUGUCUCUGCUGAUAAUUGUAGGGGAACAAUCGAGGCGGAUCCGGCGUCACAGCUGCCAGCUUGGUUUCACAUGAGCCAGCAGAUGAUGGGAUUGUUGAAUAAUGACGAUAUGCCUUUUUAG